AUGAUAAUAUUGCAAAUCUUUUUCGUAGCUGUAAUAAAAUGCUCUGUUAAAAUUUGCAAUACAAAAGUAGAUGAAGGAACAUUAUCUUUUUCGUUCAAUAAAUCACCAUAUUAUGUUAUAUUUGAAUAUCCAGAAGGUGUUAAUUUUUUAGAUAAAGAGUUGUAUACAAAAACACAACAGAUAAAUUUUUCUAGAAAUAUUUAUAGAAGUAUAAUUAAAAUUAAUAAAGAAACUAAUAUAAAAUAUAAAAAAUAUAUAUGUAAGGAAUAUGAAUACGAUUUAUUGAUAGAAAAAGGUAUUUUAUUUAAAUUUUGGAUUUUUAAGAAUAAUAAAAUUAACUAUAUAGAACUACUUGACUGGAUGCCUGUUCCUGAUUUUUCAAUGAUUUUUGUCGGAAGUUUAAGUUUAGGUAUUUUGUUAUGUUUGAUUUUAAAAACAUUCUUUACAUAA